UAUAUAUAUAUAUAUAAUCAUCACUCUGCCUUGUUUUUUCGUUCUCUGCACAAACCCUAGCACCAAGAUCUAAAACCCAACCCUUUUUCACUUCUGGCAAAGAUGAAGGUGAUCGCAGCGUAUUUGCUUGCCGUUUUGGGAGGCAACGCAGCUCCUUCAGCUGAUGAUCUGAAGAAUAUCCUUGGCUCAGUUGGAGCUGAGGCUGAUGACAGUAAUAUUGAGUUGCUCUUAACUGAAACUAAGGGCAAGGAUAUUGCUGAGCUGAUUGCUAGUGGAAGAGAGAAGUUGGCUUCAGUGCCUUCUGGUGGUGGUGCUGUAGCUGUUGCUGCUGCACCUGCAGGUGCCGCUGCAACUGGAGGUGCAGCACCUGCUGCUGAGGCAAAGGAGGAAAAGAAGGUUGAAGAGAAGGAAGAGUCGGAUGACGACAUGGGUUUCAGUUUAUUCGACUAAAAGGGUUGAAGCUAUUCGUCGGAAGCAUUUGCUGAGUUUUGGUUAGAGUUUUAGUUGAAUCACACAUGUCUUUGUUAUUGCGGUUCCAUACUUUAUUAGGUUUUAUGGGUUUUGCCUUUUCAAUUGAGACAAUGUAAUGACAUCAUCAAAUUGUCUGAUAGAAUUAUUGAUAUGAUGAAUUUGAUCUGCUUGACUUAUUGGUGAAUUAAUUUCAUUUUUCCA